AUGUUGUCUACCAUUCGCCCUCAAGCACCUACCCACAUCGAUAAACUCGCCCACGACACGGAGGACGUCGCCUCGCCGCAAGCAGAGCCUCUGACAGUGGAUGAGCUCGUCCGUCACCGUGCAUCUCUCGGGCCAUCGCAACCAGUCGUUUACUACCCUCGGGCUGGGAUAGAGUACUCUGAAUUCCCACUGCAAAAUCUCGAUGUCUUUGCCUACCGAGUCGCGAAGAUACUGGCAGAGAAGAUCCCACCCCGGAAGUCCUCCUCAGAAUGUCCCGCUGUCGUUGCCUUAUUGGGUCCUUCGAACCUGGACUACCUCGUUCUCCUUCUCGCAGUAACCAAACUCGGCCAUGCUGGGCUGCUUCUUUCCACCAGGAUAUCAGUCGAGGCCCAUGUGUCUUUGAUAGAACGGACCAACGCGCAGCAUAUGUUCGUCCACGGCUCCUUCAGAGAUAUAGCUGCGAAAGUCAGCGAGCGAAUUCCGCUGGUGCAAGUUCACAGUAUCCCAAGUGAAGAGAACUACGAUUACCACAUCCCGGACGAACCCAUCGACACGAACCUUCUUUCCCAUCUGGACCCUGAAGUCGAAACAAAGCAUCUCGCCUGGAUCAUCCACAGUUCGGGCUCAACCGGGCUGCCCAAACCCAUAUUCCAGUCACAGAGAGCGGCAGUCAAGAACUAUGCUGGUAAUAUGAACAUGCGUGGUUUCAUUACCUUACCCUUGUAUCAUAAUCAUGGCAUCUGCUGUCUUUUCCGGACGAUUUAUUCAAACAAGACUCUGCAUUUGUACAACCCUCAGCUUCCGCUCACAAGUCAGUAUCUGGUUGAGAUUAUGCGGUCAUACAAUUUCGAGAUCUUCUACGGAGUCCCGUACGCGCUAAAGCUGCUUGCGGAGUCCGAAGAGGGUAUUGAAGCCCUUGCUAAACUGAAAGCUGUAAUGUUUGGAGGAUCUCCGUGUCCGGAUUCUUUGGGGAACUUGCUGGUUGAGAAUGGGGUUAACCUCAUUGCUCAUUAUGGCUCAACUGAGACAGGCCAGUUGAUGACUUCCAUGCGACCUCCUGGCGAUAAAAGAUGGGACUGGCUCCGACCAUCUGAAACCGUGAAGAAGUAUCUGCGGAUGGAAGAACGCUACCCUGGCAUUUAUGAGUCUGUCGUCCUUGACGGGUGGCCGUCGAAGGUUAUGUCAAACCGACCAGACGGUGCUUACGCUACGAAAGACCUAUUUCUGAAGCAUCCUGAGAUGGAAGCAUAUAAGUACUACUCCCGACUGGAUGACACAAUCACACUAGUCAACGGCGAGAAAGUCAUCCCACUUGACCUGGAAGGACGAGUUCGGCAGCUCAGCGUGGUAGCAGAUGCUCUCGCUUUUGGCAUUGGCAAGUCGAACAUCGGGUUGGCCGUCAUUCGUGCUCCAGAGGCAGCAUCUAUGACAGACGAGCAAGUCAUUGACGCCAUCUGGCCGGCUGUCGAAGACGCGCACCAAACGCUGCCAGCAUACGGCCUGCUGCCUAAGAACAUGGUCCGGGUCCUUCCUGCCGAUGCACCCUAUGCCCGCACCGACAAAGGCACCGUCAUCCGGCAGGCAUUCUACCGCGAUUUUGCCGACCUGAUAGAGGCGUCGUACGAGGCCGGAGAUGAUAUGACGGGCACUAUGCUCUUGUCGGAGGAAGAGCUGAAGGCGUUCCUACACAAGGAGCUCUCUGCUAUCGUUCCGGCCAGAACGACGAAUGGUUUUACUGACGAAGAGGAUUUCUUUUCUCUCGGCAUGGACUCGUUACAGGCUUCUCAAUUGCGGUCAGUGCUGGUCAAGUCACUCGACACCAAGGGAUACAAGUUAGGGCUGAACGUUGUAUUCGAGCACCCGUCUAUUGCCUCUCUAGCGCGGUACCUUUUCUCCCUCACUUCUAAGACGCUGGAAACUAUGGCUUCGAUCGAGGAGCAAAUGGAGGCAUUAAUUUCAAAAUACAGUGAUUUCGAGCAUCAUGUCCCUCGUCCUAAUGAAUUAAGCGGAAGAUACAUUGUCGUUACUGGAGCCACCGGCUCCCUUGGCUGCCACGUCGUCGCCAAACUAUCAACUCUCCCAGACGUACAAAAGAUCUACUGCUUCGUCCGCGCCAACUCCACCCUCGAUGCUUACGGCCGCCUCUUGGGCUCCCUCCGCACCAGACGCGUCUAUGAUACUCUAUCCACCUCCGCAAAGAACAAGUUAAUAGCCCUCCCUUCGAACCUCGCCCUCGCAACUCUAGGCCUCGACACAAUGACCUACAAUACCCUCACCUCCACCAUCACGGACAUAAUCCACUGCGCCUGGUCAGUAAAUUUCACCCUGCACCUCUCCAGCUUCGAAAAGGACAAUAUCGCCGGCAUCCAACACCUUGCAAACCUCUGUCUAAGAGCUCAACGGCCCGCACCAGCAACUCUAAACUUCUGCUCCUCUAUCAGCGCCGUUGUCCGCUCGCCCGAACCCUCCAUACCUGAAUCCUUACCUUUAAGCCUCGCACACGCCCAAGCCAUGGGAUACGCCCAGUCAAAGCUUGUGGCCGAACAUCUCUGCGUCAAAGCAUAUCAGCAAACGGGCCUCUGCACUCGCGUGCUCCGCAUCGGACAGGUCGUUGCCGAUACAGAGAACGGUAUCUGGAAUACCACCGAGGCAAUCCCGCUCAUGAUCCAGUCAGCGACGACAAUCGGCGCCCUGCCUAAACUAGACGAGUUUCAUCGCUGGCUUCCCGUGAAUACUGUAGCCGGCGUUGUUGUCGAUAUCGCCCUCUCAGAGUCCGAUGUAGACGGACCAAAGGACGCGCAAGCCAUUUACAACAUUAUCUCCCCGUACCCCUUCCACUGGACAAACGAACUGCUUCCCUGUCUGCGGGAUGCGGGCCUGGUUUUCGAAGAGCUCGACACCCGCACCUGGCUCAAGAGGCUGCGCGAAUCAAAUCCGGAUCCCCAGGCUAAUCCGCCGAUUAAGCUGGUUGAUUUCUGGACGGGGAAAUAUGAUCACGACUUCCCACCGCGGGUUGUAGGCUGGGAGACGGGGAAGACGAAGGCUGUCUCGAGGACGUUUGGCCAGGCAAAGAAGUUGCAGCGUGAUAUUGUGCAGAAGAUGAUGAGUUACUUUUUUGGUGUUGAUGGGUGGGGGAAGGGGAAGGUGAAGCUGACUUGA